AUCUCUGUGAUCUCCGAGCUCAAGGCUCCACUCGGCGCACACAACACUGCGCACUCGGCGGCAUCACAAGCGGAUAGACAAAAGGAUCGCUGGCGGUGUCAGGGGCUGCAUUUUCGGGCUCUUUUGGCCGUUUCAGCCCUCUUCUCUGCGUGCAUUGGAAUUGGAGAAGCUCGCCAAGAUGAUGUCUAUGAACAGCAAACAGGCGCACUUCGCCAUGCAUCCCUCGUUACCGGAGCAUAAGUACACCACCCUGCAUUCCAGCUCGGAGGCGAUACGGAGAGCCUGUCUACAAACUCCACAGCUGCAAAGCAACAUAUUCGCCAGUUUGGACGAGACGCUCCUGGCCCGGGCCGAAGCUCUGGCGGCAGUGGACAUCGCCGUGUCCCAGGGCAAGACGCACCCGUUCAAGCCCGACGCCACCUACCACACCAUGAGCACCGUGCCGUGCUCCUCCACGUCCACGGUGCCGCUGGCCCACCACCACCACCACCAUCACCAUCAUCACCACCAGAACCUGGAACCCCCGGACCUAAUGGACCACAUCGGCUCGCCGUCUCUCGCCCUGAUGUCCAGCGCGCACGACGGGCCCGGUGGCGGCGGCGGCGGCGGCGGCGGAGGCGGCGGCGGAGGGCUCAUCUCCAGCUCCUCCGCGCCCGCACACGCACACGCACACGCACACGCACACUCCCACAUGCACGGCUUGAGCCACCUCUCGCACCAGGCGGCCAUGAGCAUGAACUCGCCUCUCAGCCACCACGGCCUCUUACCGGGUCAUCACGGGGGGAGUCAAGUCGGCCACGGGCUCACGGGCAGCGGGCUGCCGUGCAUCAAUGACUCGGACACGGACCCCAGGGAGCUGGAGGCCUUCGCGGAGCGCUUCAAGCAGCGGAGGAUCAAACUGGGGGUGACCCAGGCGGACGUGGGCGGCGCGCUCGCUAAUCUGAAAAUCCCCGGCGUGGGAUCACUGAGCCAAAGUACAAUUUGUCGAUUCGAGUCGUUGACUCUGUCCCACAACAACAUGAUCGCGCUCAAACCUAUUCUCCAGGCGUGGCUGGAGGAGGCGGAGGGGGCCCAAAGGGAGAAAAUGAGCAAGCCGGACAUUUUCAACGGAGGGGAAAAGAAACGCAAGAGGACCUCGAUAGCUGCCCCGGAGAAAAGGUCCUUGGAGGCGUACUUCGCCGUGCAGCCGCGGCCCUCCUCGGAGAAAAUAGCAGCCAUAGCGGAGAAAUUGGACUUGAAAAAGAACGUGGUGCGAGUGUGGUUUUGCAACCAGAGACAAAAGCAGAAAAGAUUGAAAUUUUCCGCCGCCCACUGAUGCUAGGAGCAAAUGGGGGGAAAAAGUUGUUACUGAAUUUGGGGACCAAUGGACACUAAAAGAACACCAUUUUCAGUCUUUUGUCUCCGGCGAGUUUAUAUGCCGGUGCGCAAUGGGCUUCAGUCAUUCAAUAAGAGGCUCCAUAUAUAUUCAUUAUUUUUUCACGUUAUCGGUGAAUGUCAAGUAUGCAAAUAUCAGAUUACACCCACCUUGCGCCGUUCCUGUAACAAGGACAAAGUUGAGCGACGUCAACGUUGCCUUUAACACAUGAGAAAGGGAAAAAUGAUACUAUAUAGCCAGUUAAAUUCUCCUAACAGGCCUAUCAUUUCAACUAAUAGCCAUUCACAAAUUACCUCAUUGAUUGUCGUAUACUGUCUUUGGUUUGGCUUCUGUCGUUGUUGUUAGGGAAUAAUCCACAUGACUCUUUAUUUAUUCAUAAAUUAUUUAUUUAUUUAUUUAUUUAUUUAUGUAUUUGUUUAUUGGGCUGCUAUUAAUUAAAACGUCGUUGCAAAAUCUUCUGGCUAAACGAAAAUGUGGGCCUGCAUGGGAUCCUAAUUCACAGGCAGCAUUUUAGAGCUCACGUCUGUAGACAAUAUUUAUUGAAAUUUGCACAAAAGACCCUCUAUUUAUAAGAAAUGUCCACAUGGUUUUUGUAAAUACAAGCAUCACUUUAUCACCAGAUUCGAGUUGUGUUAGAAUUAAAAUGGUGGGCUCCGUGGACACCUUUGACGUUACAAAUAAAGGUACAAGCAAGAUCGAACAGAGAGCACUAAAAGCCUUGUCUGCUGAUGAAAAGAAACCUGAACUGUGUUUUCUGUUUUAGUUUGCAGUGCAAGCACUCUAUGCAUUGGAAGAGGAAUGAUUAAUAUUCUUUGGUGACAGUAGAGCUUUCUACUGCGAUAGAACUUGCCUUGUGAUGGUGUAAGUCACUGUUAACUGCCUGUUUUCACAUGAAGAUCACCACGUUGUUUGUCGUGUUAAAUGUGAAAGAAAACGUUGUAAGUACUGUUUUUUACUUUGUGCACAAGUAUGUUUACAAAGCUGCGGCGACGUGUGCGUCAUGGAAAUGUGUCUUGAACUCCGCUCUCCUCACAACUUGUCCACACGCAUUUGUUGUCCCUUUCUUUUAUUCUUACUUUCAAUUGUAUUUUUCAUCCUGUACGCCAAAUUCAACAGGGAGGUGUGU